GUGAUGUCACAACACCGAGACUUCACGAGGUGUUAAGAAGGCCAGGACUCAGACGUGGCAGAGCUCGGGACAGAGAGACGAGUCGGCAUGGGCUUCACGGAUCUUCUGGAAGAAGUCGGCGGACUCGGACGCUUCCAGCUGAUCCACAUCACGCUGCUGUCCAUCCCGGGCCUUCUGAUGGCCUGUCAGAAUUUACUCAAUAACUUCACAGCAGGAAUCCCUGCGCAUCACUGCACCAUCCCCAACCUGACCACCACUCUGAACCUGUCCACCUCUGAGGAAGGCCAGAUCUCACUUCUGAGAGCCUUCAUUCCCCUGGCUGAGUCGCAGCUUUCCAAAUGCAGCAGGUACGUCCAGCCCCAGUGGCACCUGAGCCACACGAACCACAGUCAGGCGGUCAGUCCCAACCUGACUGAAGUGGAGACGGAGAGCUGCAAGGAUGGAUGGACCUACAAGAGGACGGAGUUUAUCUCCACCAUCGUGUCUGAGUGGGAUCUGGUGUGCAGUCUCCGCCCACUCAAGCAGAUGAGUCAGACCAUCUACAUGGGUGGAGUUCUCACAGGUGCCAUUAUUUUUGGAGGGCUCUCAGACAAGUUUGGGAGGAAGCUGUUACUCACCUGGUCAUAUUUCCAGCUGGCUGCACUGGGGACCUUCACUGCUUUUUCUUCAUCGUACCUGGCCUACUGCACCCUCCGCUUCCUGACCGGCAUGGCUGUGUCAGGGGUCAUCCUCAACACGGUAUCACUCAAGGUGGAAUGGAUCCCCACUAAGACCCGCACCCUGGUGGGAUCGCUCUCCUCCUUGUUCUUCACCUUUGGUCAGAUGAUUCUAGCAGGAAUAGCGUACGGUCUGAAGGACUGGAGAAAGCUCCACGUGGCUGUCUGCUCGCCCUUCUUCAUCAUCUUCCUCUACAGCUGGUGGUUCUCCGAGUCUGCGAGGUGGCUGGUGUUGAACGGUCGCUUGGCUGAAGCUCUGCAGCAGCUCCACCGUGUGGCCAGGAUCAACGGCAAAGAUGAAGCCAUGGAGAAGAUCACACUGGAGGUGCUGCAGUCCCACAUGCAGAAAGAAGUACAGUCCAGUAAGACGGUGUUCACGGUGUAUGACCUUCUGCGUACUCCGGUCAUGAGGAGGAUCUCGUUGUGUCUCAUAGCUGUCUGGUUCUCCACCAGUUUUGCAUAUUAUGGUCUGGCUAUGGACCUGCAGAAGUUCGGUGUGAACAUCUACCUGAUGCAGUUAAUAUUCGGGGCGGUGGAUUUUCCUGCAAAACUGGUGGCUCUGGUUAUGUUGAGCUUUCUGGGCCGACGUUUAACGCAGGGCACAUGUCUGCUCACCUCGGCCUCCAUCAUCUUCAUCAACAUCUUCAUCCCUAAAGACAUGCAGAUCCUCAGGACGGUGCUGGCUGUCCUGGGGAAAGGCUUCACCUCCGCCUCCUUCACCUGCGUCUACCUGUUCACUGGAGAACUUUAUCCUACAGUCAUCAGGUCCAGCACACACCUGCUGAGAUACCAACACCACUCCGAGUGUGGAGCUCUCACAGUCCUGCAGACUGGGAUGGGUUUUGCCUCCACUAUGGCUCGUAUCGGCUCCAUGGCAGCUCCAGUGGUUCUUUUCCUAGACGAGGUCUUUCCUGCGCUGCCCAGUGUAGUUUACGGAGCAGCGGCCAUUCUCGCUGGACUCACCGCCUUUCUGCUUCCCGAGACUCUGAACGUAACGCUGCCCGACACCAUUGAGGAUGUGGAGGAGAAAUGGUCAAAGAAAACCCACAGGUUUCAGGAGCAGGUCCAGAGCGAGAGCAUGACACUGGACACGCUUGGUCAGCCUGCAGAGGAGAGUGAGGACCGACAAUCGAGUGGACUCGACGCUCUCUAACUUUUAUUCACACUGAUCCUGCGUCAGUCUUCAAACUUCCUGUAGCGUACAUGAAAUGAAAAUAAACAGAAUUGAAAAAUCA